CUCUUUUGUCUCAGCGGGCAGAGGAUAAAAGCAGCAGCCGCUGCCUUGGGAACCGCGCUGCCUCAAUUCGGCUACCCCUUGCCGGGCUGCCCUGCGAAGCAGCUCGGGCGGGCAACUCCGGGUCGCUUAGUGGCCGAGGAGCCGCUAGUCCUUUUCCCAUGCGCGGCCGCGGAGAUCUGCAAGAGGGAUCCAUCCAGUAAAAAAGCGGAGCACCCGCUGCCCACCAGCAGAGCGCAGCAACCCAGCCAAGCUGAAUCCGAGGUUGAAUUCUAUGCGGCAGGUUGCAGAGCUGUUUUGACGCCCCGUGGCUCUGAAUCUGUGACCCCCAGUGGACUGAGGUCCACCAUAUCCCCAGGCAAGCUUUCUCACGGAGGCCACCGGUUGGAGAGGCUGGAACUGAAAUCAAGGCACACUCUUAUUUGCGAUCUCCUCUAACGCGGAGGAAAGAGGAAGGCAGAGCUCCCCGCCCCCCUCCUGCCCCCGCACACCUGUAGAUUCGGUUUUUCCUGGAAGCCUGAGCAUCUUGUUAUAUUCAGAUACCCUGUCGUCGUCGUCAGUCAGUCAUGGCUAGCAUCCUUGCACAUGUGGGUAACAGCCGGCGGCAGAAUGCACCCUUGCCGCCUUGGGCCCAUUCCAUGCUGAGGUCCCUGGGGCGGAGUCUCGGUCCUUUAAUGGCCCACAUGGCAGAGAAAAACAUGAAGCUGUUCUCGGGAAGGGCGGUGCCAGCCCAGGGGGAGGAAACCUUUGAAAACUGGCUGAUCCAAGUCAAUGGGGUCCUGCCAGACUGGAAUAUGUCCGAGGAGGAAAAACUCAAGCGCUUGAUGAAAACCCUUAGGGGCCCUGCCCGGGAGGUCAUGCAUCUGCUCCAGGCGGCCAAUCCUAAUCUAAGCGUGGCGGAUUUCUUGCGGGCCAUGAAAUUGGUGUUUGGCGAAUCUGAAAGCAGUGUGACUGCCCAUGGUAAAUUUUUUAACACCCUGCAGGCGCAGGGGGAGAAAGCCUCCCUUUAUGUGAUCCGUUUAGAGGUGCAGCUGCAGAAUGCCAUCCAGGCAGGCAUCCUAGCUCAGAAAGAUGCAAACCAGAUUCGCCUGCACCAGCUCCUUGCUGGAGCUGAGCUGAACAGGGACCUGCGAUUCAGGCUUAAAGGUCUUCUCAGGAUGUAUGCCAAUGAGCAGGAGCAUCUUCCCAAUUUCCUGGAGUUAAUCAGGAUGAUAAGGGAGGAGGAGGACUGGGAUGACACGUUCAUUAGACGGAAGCGUCCCAAAAGAUCUGAGUCCAUGGUGGAGAGGGCAGCCAGCCCUGUGGCAUUUCAGGACUCCUCCCCCAUCGUGAUCAGCAGCACCGGCUGCAACGUGAUAGAGAUAGAUGAUACGCUGGAUGACUCAGAUGAGGAUGUGAUCCUGGUGGAGUCUGAGGACCCUCCCCUCAGAGGCAGGGCCAGAUCUCAGGAUCAGGUGCUGGUCAUUGAUUCCCCCCACACUUCGGGGCUUCAGUUGCCUUCCACUAGUGUUGGUUCUGGCCAUAAGAAUACUGGUCCUGGAGAUGUGCGUAGAACCAGGAAGCGGAAGUGCACGAUCCGCUGUUCCUACUGUGGCGAGGAGGGCCACUCUAAAGAAACCUGUGACAAUGAGAGCAACAAGGCCCAGGUUUUCGAGAACCUGAUCAUCACCCUGCAGGAGCUGACACAUGCAGAAGAGGAGGGGUCAGGAGUUGCACCUGAUGAACACAGUGACCCCUCUGAGUUACAGUAAGCUGCUAGCCUCCUGCCUUAAAUGCACCCUUACCUAUAUCCACAGUCCAAUGAUGGGAAAACUGGAGGGAGGGAACUUCUGUUUGCAUGAAUUAAUCCACAGAAUGACUUUCUUUCGGGGUGCAGGAGAGAAAGGGUCUGAAUACCAGCACAAUGGAAAGGGAUGGCUGACCUCUGUCCCUGCUCCUUCUCCCCACUGCCUAUGGGUCUAUUUUCCUGUGUGUGCACAUUUCCUUGAUGGCUUUAUUAUUAUCUUUGUGGAAGUGGUAUAACUCAUUGUUAAAUCUUCAAAUACUAGAGAAAAGUACAAAAGGUACAGAUUAUACCCAAACUCCCUUUGCUGACUCUCCUUCCAGAUAUUUCCCUAUACCUAUAUACCCAGUUAGAUACAUAGAUAGAAGUGAUCAAAUAUAAGUGCUGUUCUAUACUCUGUAUUUUUUCACCAAAUGAUAUAUGUUGUGACCUUCUUUCUAUGUCAAUAAAUAUAUAUCAGCAUCUA